CAAAAAAGGUUGAGAACCACUGGCUAGCAGCUGCAUUAGCAGUCAGCAUAACUUCCUGCAUAUGGAUCUUUCCGGUUGGUCCAGGGCUGAUUCCUUGCAGUCCCUCCCCCGCUCAUGCUGAUUGGUCCCUGGUUGUGUGAGCUAAGCCAGCUCCCUGCUUUAUGGCCUUUCCCCGGAGCAGUCUUGCGGAAGAGAGGGGUGAUCUGGGCAAGCAAGCACACCUUGUUCCCUGCCUGCUGUGCUCUUUGACAGGCACAUUUCUGUCCAGCCCUGGAUUGCGCAAAUGAAGGUGAAGGCCAGGUGGGGCGUGCUGGCCCUGGGUCUUGGCCUUGGCCUGACUCAGUACCACCACCACAGCAGCAGAUGUGGAGGAACAUCAAUUGUCCAUCUGUUUGAGUGGCGCUGGACAGACAUAGCAGAGGAAUGUGAGAAUUAUCUCGCUCCGAAUGGCAUUGGUGCUGUGCAGAUUUCCCCACCCAGCGAGAGCGUUGUGGUGACGGAGCCGUGGCGACCCUGGUGGGAGAGGUACCAGCCAAUCAGCUACAAGCUCUGCUCCAGGUCGGGGACAGAGCAGGAGCUGCGGGACAUGGUCUGCAGAUGCAACAAAGUUGGGGUGAAGAUCUAUGCGGACGUGGUGAUCAAUCACAUGUGCGCGUCGAGCGCGGGGGAGGGCAGACGCUCGACCUGUGGAUCAUACUUCAAUGCCAGCGAGAAGGAGUUCCCAUCUGUGCCCUACUCAGCUUCGCACUUCAACGAUGACAAAUGCACCACCGCGAGUGGAAAUAUUGAGAAUUACCAAGACAUUUAUCAGGUGCGCGACUGUCGUCUGGUGGGGCUCCUGGACCUGGCCCAUCACCAGGAGCACGUGAGGGAGAGGGUGGCCAGCUACUUGAACACCCUGCUGGACAUGGGAGUGGCCGGCUUCAGGGUGGACGCCUGCAAGCACAUGUGGCCGGAGGACCUGAAGGCCAUCUACGGCAGGCUGCACAAUCUCAACACCAAGUGGUUUCCAGAAGGAUCCAGACCUUUCAUCUACCAAGAGGUCAUUGACCUAGGUGGGGAGCCUAUUACGGCGAGGGAAUACUCCGGGCUGGGCCGGGUAACCGAGUUCAAAUACGGCGCUAAGCUCGGAUCUGUCAUUCGCCAAUGGAACGGAGACAAGCUCGCUGACCUUAAGUCCUGGGGAGAAAGCGGUGGACUGAUGCCGUCUGAGCGAGCCGUGGUGUUUGUGGAUAACCAUGACAACCAGAGAGGCCACGGAGCAGGAGGGGAUUCUAUUCUCACCUUCUGGGAGCCGAGAAUGUACAAAAUGGCGGUGGCCUUCAUGCUGGCGCAUCCGUACGGUGUGACCAGACUGAUGUCGAGCUACCGCUGGGAGCGGGCUCUGGUGGACGGGAAGGUGGGUGGCUCGUGUCAGGACCAGAACGACUGGAUGGGCCCUCCCAGCUUUGCGGACGGCUCCACCAGGCCCGUCCCCAUCAACCCGGACGGCAGCUGUGGAGGGGGCUGGGUGUGCGAGCACAGAUGGCCCCAAAUCAGGGAUAUGGUCAUGUUUCGAAAUGAGGUCGACGGGGAGCCCUUAACCAACUGGUGGGACAACGGCAAGGACCAGAUUGCGUUUGGAAGAGGGGGUCGAGGAUUCAUCGCCAUCAACAAUGAUAAUUGCACUCUGGAUGCCUGGCUGCAAACAGGCAUGCCCGCGGGGAGCUAUUGUGAUGUGAUCUCCGGCCGGAGGAGCGCUGCAGGCGCCGGCUGCACCGGGAGGCUCAUCACCGUGGGGCAAGAUGGAAGAGCUCAUUUCAGCAUCAAGGCCACCGAACAGGAUCCCAUCAUCGCCAUCCAUGCUGGCUCAAAGUUGUGAUCAAACGGCCGGGAGAGGGAGGGAGAGGGAGAGAGAGAGAGAGAGAGAGAGAGAGAGAGAGAGAGAGAGAGAGAGAGAGAGAGAGAGAGAGACUGGCUGGCUGGCUGUUCGCUUGGACUGGCUGGCUGGAGAGUCAGACAGACGCAUAGAGAGAGAGCGCGAGAGAGAGAUGUGAAAGCCAGGUUGUGAUUUCUGAGCAGAUUAAUUAUCAGGUAAUAGUCAUGGCAACGUGAUCUAACACUGAUGUUCAGACGUGCCCGUGAUCAUUCGUUGAAUUUAGAUGAAUGGUGCACAUCAAGAGGCGGUCAUUAAAAGUUGACUGCCAAUUCUGAUUUAUGUUUAGCAAAAAACAGAGGGGUUCAUGUAUGCAAAAAGAGUUCUACAAAUCCAGAUCAGCCCACACUGAUGUGCUUUAUUUCCGUUUGGUAUGAAUAAAUUAUUGUCUGAGUCAGAGAAAAUGCUUAUUCAUUGAAUGCAAAAAAAAAUGUUGCACAAUCUCUUCA